UAAUGUUAACAAUCUUUGAUGAGUUUUAUAAUAAUAAAAAUAUCCCAGACUUCCUUGAUGAUGAUGGCAUACUCUUAAAUAAGGAGAAUAACAUCCAAUUGAAAGAAUUGUAAGGACAUUUAUAAAUACUUCCAAAUUAGUUUAGUCAAUAAUGAAGACUUAGUGACACAGAUGAUCUCCUUUUUCGAGUAUGAUGAAUUAGAAACUGAUCACAAACGCGUAAUCAAAUAUCCUUUUGUCGUCAGCGAAUUGUUAGGAUCACUUUAUGUUUUAAAUGCAAGACAUCUGAAUUUCAUAAUCCAAUUGUUGAAUUCCUCAAAUAGUCUGCCUUCUAUUACGAUUGGAUACAUUAGUAAAGUCAUUAUGAAUGUUCUCAAAAACAAUCCAUGUUUUGUAAUCAUCUAUCUUAACAUUAGUUUUGGUAAAAUGUCUAAUUGCCAUAAUUGGGUAUUUUACUGCAAGAUAUCAAUAAUUAUGCUAUAGGUGAAUUAAUCUAUUCUAUGAUUAUAUAUUAAACAUAGGACAAUCAAUUGGACUAUUUGGAAAAAAGAAUUGAAUUGGUCAAUUGCUUAUUGAAUGAGAUCAAUACUGACAGAAGUGAAGGCAUUUCAAAUGUCAUCUGUAUGUUAUUACAACAAAUUACUGAAACCCUCCAAGAAUAGAAAUCCCUCAUUAUUAAACAUCUAUUUACUAAAUUAGACAUUUUUUUAUCUGCUUUGCCUUAUAGACCAUAACCAAUUUUAAGUAUCCUCAUUAAUCUUAUUAAACAUCAAUAAUAUUAUGAAUCUGAAGUCAAUUAAAUUUACAAUCAUUUUCUUGAAAGAUCCAAAGAAUUAUUUGAUGAUUUGCUUAAAAAUGGUGCAUCCUUUGGUCAGAAUAAUCUCUCAUAUAUUCAAUUUUAUGAUGUAUUGACCAAUUAAACUUAUAUUUUACAGAAUAUCAAUGCCUAACAUUUAGCUAUUGCAUUGUUUGUAUAAUAUUAUUAUAAUAUAAAAUAGCAACUAAUUCAAAAGUAUCAAUAUCAUAAUCAAUUACACAAAUAUGCAACAAAUAGCAUCCUGAAAUUAAUUCCUUAAAUUGACUCUCAACAAUUACUUUAAAUUGCCCUUUCUGAGUUUAAGUAUUAAAUUUGAUAAUAUAGGAUUAAACCAAUAAAGGAAAAUAGAGGAUAUGUGGUUUAGAUAAUUAACAAAAUAAUUGAAGUGAAUUUUAAUCUACAAAUUUAAGAAGAAGAGUUACAAAAUAUAAAUUCAAUUCAAAAUAAUUAUUUUUUUGGAUAGAUUCCUGAUUAGAAACCUACAUUCAAUUUACAAGAAGAAUUUGAAGCAGCAAUGA